UUUGCAAAAAUGAUUACGACGGAGUCAUCAUUCAUGUAAAUAAAUAAGCUCGAUAAGCAGGACGGCGAAAUAAAAAUAUAAGUUGGUGUUAUCCGAUUUGUGGAGAUAUCCAGCAGAAAUUUGCAUAAUGACAUGAUCAUAACGCGUGAGAUAUGAUAUGCGAAAUGGAUGGGGCAACUGAACGAAAGUGAAAUGUGGAGGCACGUGGGGAACUCAUUUCUUGGGAUCAAAUGUUGAUGAGCUGCUGCUGCUUCAGAUCUUCUGAUCUCGUUUCAUUUCCGAUUUUGAAAUCUACCAGGGCAACACAAAGGAUAAGCUGUUAUCAGGAGAGGACAUUGGUGUACAGAUUCGGAACAACUGUAGCCAAAUUUAUUAAUCUACACUACGUCGUUUGUAAGAUGGAUAACCAACCCUCAUACUUUUUUGACUUGUCUAAUGUGACAGUAUUUACAGCUUAUCAACCGGUGUAAAUUAAUUCCCUGAGAGUUUCCCUGGAACAAAUUGUCCUUCAAAUUCGAUACAAAGCGACGAAAAUAAGUGAGUAGUCUAGCGCGAUACUUAUCAACGCGUCUACCAGCCAGUGUUCAACUUUAAAAUUGAGUUUAUACUAGCACAAUUCCGAUAUUAAAAUUAAGAAAUAAUCAUCAUUCAUGAUGCCACGACCACCCCCUUCGCCAUCCGUCUCGUCGAGAUCUCUCCACUUCCUCCGCGGACUGUUAGCAGACUCAUCCCCGAAAUCCUUCAAGGGCACGUUCAAACCGGCCAAUCUCGAAACUUUCCUCAACCGAGUUUACCAAUCCAGGCCAAAUUACUACCAUUAUUUUCCCUCCGCUUCUAAGAUCACCACUUGGGCGACGGAUUUUCGACAUGGGCUCAAAAUCAUGGGAUCUUUCGUGGGAAAGGAAUGCAGCCCCAUUUUUGCUCAACGUGUGUUCCGAACGUGUCGCGUGAUCCAGCUGCAUUCCAAACUUUGGUCCAACCACCUCAACCGAUUUCGUGGUCCGCUCGGUCGACAAGCCCUCCUCUCCUUUCUGCUCGUCUCCCUCUGCGACGCCAACCCACGGCUGGGCGAAUCCAUACUCAAUUCAGAACUCGUCGAGCAUAUGAAGGAUCUAGACUUUAUUCACGAGCUGACCUCCGCCACCGUCGUCUGUCCGCAUUGCCAAGACCGCCUCGUAGUGGAUAAGAAGAUCCCAAAUGUCAAAUAUUGCCAUUGUCCCGAUGCACAGUCCGCAUACGACCGGAAGGUUAAAGGCUACGCAUGGACACCUUUUGUCGAAACGGCGGACCUGCUCAUUUGGCGGAUGCCGCAUCCUGACCGCCCCGGCCUUUUCAUGUACAAAGUCUACGGAUAUUACGAUGACAUAUCGGCGGAAGACUUUCUCAACACACAACUGGACAUCGAGUACCGGAAAGGAUGGGAUGACACCGUGUUGAAGUUGAACGUUGUAGAAUCAUCGCCGGAAAUUAGUCAGGACGUGAUUUACUGGGAAAUGAAAUGGCCGACCAUGUUCUCCAAUCGAGACUACCUCUUCGCCCGAAGACAUCUUGUAGACAGGCAGAAAAAGACAAUCGUCAUCAUCAGCAAGAGGGCUGUCCCACAUCCCGCUGUGCCGGAUAAGAAAGGCGUCCACCGUGUCAAAGAGUACUGGAGUGUCAUGCAAGUCAAUGCAGUCAACGGAUUAUCAGAGCCCGGAGUGGAAUUCGGCCUGACCUACUUUGACAAUCCGGGCGUCUCUCUGCCCCAAUGGAUGCAAAAUUGGGCCUCGAUGACAGCUAUACCUGAAUUUCUCGAUAAGCAGAGGAACGCCGCGAGGGCGAAGAAGAACAAGAGCAAGAAAUCUUCUACCUUAUCCAAAUCCUCACCCAUUCUUCUUCACAAAUGUAGUGACGACAGCGACGCCGGCGGCAAGAAUUCGACGACCAAGGCGACGACCCCAAUACCAAGUUCAACCUCACAACUAAUUAGCCAAGAGACCACUUCAUCACCACCUUCAUCAGACUCGCGACGGGAUAAGGAAGACGCCGAUUUAAAAAUACUGUCGCAAUACUUUAAAGAAAAUAUUUUACCACAGACGGCUCCCCAAUAGAUAAUUUGCAUUAUAAUUAGUUACAUAAUUUAAACGACAAGUCAAAGUCAAGAAUGAAGAGGGAGCAUCAGGGAAUCGAGUCAAUAGUCAAUCAAUUCAUCAAUAUUUAGUUAACCAUCUUCUACUCAUAGUUAUAUUUUAUACGUUACUAACUUGCGCCAAAAGUAAGCUGUAACAUUGGUGCAAGUUGAUGACGAGUAUUUAUAAACCAUAAAAAUUGUGGGUGGCAGACUAAUAAACACGUGGGCAGAAGGAGAGCUUAACUAAUUAUUAUGUAAUGCAAAAUGUUACCUGUAGUAAAAAAAACUAGUGUUUAAAAAUACAAGACGUAAGAAAAGAAAGAUACAUUUAGUCAAGAAAUAUUUAGAACAAGCCGUGGGAAGAACUGAGGAAGAUUUAAUGAAUGACUGCAACUUUACGACCGGUAUUAUUAUAUUCACGCCAAAAAGAAACUAUAAACUAUUAAAUGAUACCAAAUAAUUGCACGUGCGAAUUAAUUAUGCGCACGUCAGGAGAAGUACCUUGACCACACUUGUAUCUUAUCUAUCUUGUAAUAAACUUGGGUUAUCUUACUAACAAAACUAAUUCAUUUAAUAAUUAUAAUUUAUUAGACGGAUUAUUUAAUUAAUUAACUAGUUAAUUAUUGGAACACAGAUCAAUAAAAUUAUUUCAAAUUAA